UCUUCUGUCUGUGUGCGAACGAAUGCACAGACGGUUCAGUAGUAAUUUGAUGUGUGUCCCUGGGGACAUUUGAUGGAUUAAAGCUAAGCAGCUCCAUUUCGCAGCACCACCUGAUCUUCCACUGCCUCUGCCCCAUAUAAAAGGCUGGCUUGAUUGCUGAUCUCAGCUAGUCUGGCAGUCUCUUUCUCUCUCCUCCCUCUUUCACUCUCUCUCUUUCUGUCGCUCCGUGUCCAUCUCCUCUCUUUCUCUCCAGUCCCUUAAGCCUGCUGCAUCACAGGAGCUAUCCAGUGCUGAACCAGAGGAUUUGGGUUAUUUUUUUGAAAGCUGGGGGAGCCAUAGAGUAACACAGCAUUGCCAUCAGAUUUGUUCUCCGCCGGUUUCCAUUUUCUUUCCUUCUCUUAUGAUUUUUUGGAGGUUGUCUUUUCGUUUAGUACGAGGAUUACCACCCGUGUCAGCCGGCUUCAGCUCCGCUUCUUUGCUGCUUCCUUUGGGGAUCUUUUCUUUUCUCUACAUGCGUGAUUCUCGGCUCUGUGUAUUUUUCAUUCGUUGAAACAUGCCCCGUUCGUUUUUGGUGAAGAAAAUCAAGCUAGAUGAUUUCUCUUCGUCCAAUGCUUCCUCCAAUCACCAUCACCACCUGGAUGAGUCGUUCACUCCUUUCACACGCUCCAUCACUGACUCUGUGACCAGCUUGGGGGUUCGUCUCAGUGAGAAUGGCUACAUCCAGGAUUAUAUCACGCCAUCUGUAUACCAGGGGGAAAAGAAGGUGGAGCUCAAGCUGGCGUCGCCCGUCUCUGACCCCCUGUACAGCCAGGUGAGCAGCGGGGGUGAGGAGUACUGUGAGCCCGACCUGGAGCACCCCGACAGCCCCCAGUCUGGCAUGACGGCCAGUGGCUUCUACAGUGGCGAGGCUGAGGCCCUGACUGAGGGCUACACCAUGGAUGCCUUCUUCAUCUCCGACGGGCGAUCGCGGCGGAAGGGAGAUGGCGACGGUCGCAAGGGAGGCAGCUCCACCGCCUCCAACGCAGACGCCACGGAGGAGAGGGAGGCGGGGGUCGCCGGCAUGGCUCGGCACACUUGCAACGAAUGUGGCAAGACGUACGCCACCUCGUCCAACCUCAGCAGGCACAAACAGACGCACCGUAGUCUGGAUAGCAAGAUGGCGCGCAAGUGUCCCACCUGUGGGAAAGUGUACGUGUCUAUGCCGGCGCUGGCCAUGCACAUCCUCACCCACGACCUCAAGCACAAGUGUGACGUGUGCAGCAAGGCCUUCAGCCGGCCCUGGCUCCUGCAGGGCCACAUGCGCUCACACACCGGGGAGAAACCGUUCGCCUGCGCCCACUGCGGCAAAGCCUUUGCUGACCGCUCAAACCUCCGUGCCCACAUGCAAACACACUCUGCCUUCAAGCACUACCGAUGCAAGCGCUGCAAUAAGACUUUCGCCCUCAAGUCCUACCUGAACAAGCACUACGAGUCAGCUUGCUUCAAGGGUUCCGGGGACGAAGACGAUGAUGAGUCCUGCUCUGAGAACUGACUGCCGCAACCAGAAGGGCCAAAGCAGGAUCGGGAACCAUAUAUUGUAGGUUCUGCAACAAGUAACCCCCUUCACUCUGCCCCCCAUGCCUUUUUCGUCCCUUUGUAGAAAGCAAUAUUUUCACUGAGAUUACGUGAAGAAAACUGUUAUAAUUAUGGCAAAGACAAUUUCAAAAGAUGCUGGAUCCCCCCACCCCUCCGCACAGUAGCUAAUCGUCCACAGAUACAGUACAUACAAUCAGAACAUCCAUCCCCAAAAUAUAGACUCUAGUUUUUAGCUCACACACAAACACACACGCUCACACAAUUAUAUAUGAGGCCUGGCAUGUGACUUUUUAUCAAUGACUAUAAUGAUAUUGAUAUCAACUGUAAUAAUACUUAGUCCUGAUAUUUUAUAGCAAAUAGUACAGGGGACGGGAAAAGAAAGUACAUAAAAAAGGACUGUAACAGUGUUCUUUUGUUUUUUAGAGACAAAAAUGACCUCUUGUAUUUUUAUGCUGCUUUUUAUUUGCUAAGAAUUGAAUUCUUUUGCAACUGCCAACAUGAACUUUUUAUGAAAAUGUGAACUAUGACAGUAUUUGCAAAAAAAGGGAGAUCAUUUAGAAGUUAAAAACAUACCCUUUUGUCACAUAUAUGUUUUUAAAUCAAUGGGUGUUAUUUUUCUAUUGUCCGAAUGAAUUUGUUAUUUUGUGCCAAUUCUUUCUUGAUUUUUAACAAAAAAAAGCAUCUUUGUAACUGUGGGUAUUCAGAAAACCUCCAAGCAAACCUAAUGAAUCAACUUAAAGGCAAACUACAGUACAUAAGCUUAGAGUAAUAGGAUCAUGAACAAGGGGUCAGUUCCAUCAGAAAAGUUGGUUUGAGUUGUUACGGAGACCUGUUGAACAGGUUGUGUUGGCACAAGAUUCCGGCGGCAAUCAAAGCAAACAUUCUUCAUUAUUCUGGUAACUAGAAAAAGCGAGCCAAACCAAACGUACCGAUCGGUUUUUAUAAGUGCCAUGUGCAUUGUGCAGUGACCUGUCUAUAGCAAUGAAAUUCCUCCCUGUUCUUCCUCCGCCACAGUAGCUUGCAUGAACUCUGCCACUCUGAGGUGAGUCCCUCUGUCACAAGUGAGAAGCUAUGUUCAUUAUCUGAGGUGCUCCCCUCUUCUACUGAUAUUACCUCAAAAGGGAAAAGGUAGUGAUCUCACAACAUGCACUCUCAGUUACAAAGGAACGGUUUAUCUGUGUUUAUAUGUUGCUGUAAGCUCUUUCUGCCAUUAGAUGUAUAGCAUCCUACUACCUUAUAAAUUGUAUUUAUCUAUUUAUGUAACUAUUUAUUUUUUAAAUGUACCUAUGUAUUUAUUUCAUUCAGUUAUUUAUAGGUUUGUACAUUAAUUCAUCUAUUUAAUGUAUUUAUUUAUGCCAUAACAGUAUGUGUCUAUUCAUGUGUUACAAUAUGACUUUCCAUUGACCUUGUAAGAUGCUGCUGAUCUUCAAAGAAAAUGUUUAUAUGCAUGAAACUGUAGAGAGUCCAUGGGACUUAGUUUUUUAAAGAGGAACAAUGUCUAGUAUCAGCCGUAACUUCAAACAAAUGACAAAUGCAGAUAUAUUUGUUUCAUAGCAAUAAUAACUUCACUGGUACAGCAAUUGACAUGUAUAAUAAUAAUCAAAGCUGUCCUGUUUGCAGUCGAUUUAGGGCAAUAAAAUGAAACAGAUUAACAGGAAUCCUUUAGAAAUCCUCCAUCUUGUUGUUCCCCAAACCAGUCCACUCAGCUGCCUGCCUCCACGUACAGGCUAAAGAUUGACCCUUACAGGCCCCUGAACAUGACUUAUGAUAAAAAUGUCAUGCAAUAUCGUCCAAAGAUAGCCAAACGUACUACUAUGCUUCAUAAGAAAUGCCAUGAAAUCAAACGUUUUCCACACAUAACAUGAAAGUCUUCCUUUAUCAACCCACAUUUUUAAAUAGACCCACAUUCUUUUCUACCAGCUUUCCCUUCUACAUUUCACAAAGCUUUAUUCUAGAAUCCUGACAGGUUGAGUUAUUUAGAAGCAAGGCCGAGAAGCUGCAGUCAUCAUGCCAGUAGAGAAAAUGACAAUGGGAAAGCUUCUUUCCCUGGUGGAUUAGCCAGGCGAUAAUAAUAGGCAAUGCAGUAAUUAUAAAACAGUGUUGACACAAAUUGCUCUACAGAUUACCCUGCUGGAGCUUUGCUGCACUCCACUAAAGCCCUGGAAAUGGACAAAAAAAGUUUGUAAUCGAGCGAUUGGCAAGUGUAUCUGUGAGACAAUAGUUUUACCCCUGAAAGCACAGACCCUCCAGGGCUUUGGAUACGCUUCUGUAGCCUGGAUUAGCAGGGGAAUAUGCACUGAAAACACCCCGUGAAGCUGAGCAGACCUUUUAUUGUUGCCCAAAAUCUGCCACAGUAAUAAACAGUACUGAGUGUCAACGCGUCCCAGAACAUGUUCACUUUGUUGGGGAAAUCUAAAAAGAACAGUGUUCGUAGGGUAAGACAACAACACAGUUAGAACUAUGAAACAGAUUUAACAAUAAAAAAUGUUUUACAAUAAAACCGAUGUCCAUCCAGCAAUUUACAAAAUAUGGUGAUAGACACAUUCCUUUGUUCAUGUCUGAUAGCCACCUAAAUCCCUGCUCGACACAGACUGCUGUUACUGUAAUAAGAUAAUAAUACACUCUCUCACUCCCACCUCCAUCAAAACCUCUCUCCUCUCUAACCGGCAAUGAUGAGACGGUGGUUUGGUGGCGUGUGAGACUGGAGUGCUAGACCAGGAUUGGUAGAGGGCUGUGGCGUGUGGGAGGAUAACAGGUGUUUGCAGACAGACUGCAGAUAGGGAGAGUAAUUGAGUUGGUGAGCGACCUCCAAGGGGAAGGUCAAGCACCAGCAGGCAAAUGCACUGUCAGCUAUUUGCAUAUUCUAAAUGGAUGACACAAUCCCAGUAGUGGUGAGCUCUCCUUUAUUAAACCUGCCGGGAAUAUCGUACUAGUCUUCCUUUUAUCACUAUAUCCUCCUCUGUAUUACACCACUACCCCUCGAUAUGAACUGCUGGCUGCCAUCCUACAAAUGUAGGAUCUCGGAACAUGAUAGGGUUGGGGACAGCACUGCAGGUGUCGUGGUCUGGCUUCAGUUUGUUUACAGGUACUUCAUUUGUAGAAUAUUUCUUUAUUUCAUUUUUUUGUACUUAUUCUCCUUCGAGGUGUUAGUGUUUUCCAUGAGCAAUAUCACAACCAAACUGCGCUGUAUAUCCUAUAUGGUUGAAAAACACAUUUAUAGUGUCCCAAAAUUGAAUAAAAAAAAUAAAAUACUGAGCAAAUUGGUUUUGAAGCGGUUGUUUGUUUUCAAGAAUGGAAAACAUUGUUCCUCUUUGACGAUUUUGUAAAUAUAUUUAUAUAUCACAGCAAUAAUAUGAAAAUGCAUGUGGACAACAUGUUUCCUCUGUUAGUUCAUGUUGUCUUUUGAGAAGAAGACAAAUACAGGUACCAACAGCAGUGUGGGUGGGAAUGUGAAUCAGGGAGUCUUAAUUAAAAUCUAUCUGUCGUAAGUCACCAA